AUGUCAUGUUGGGACAUGAGUACAGGAUGUUUACGUACUCCGUAUACCGGUCAAGUGGCAUGGUGGCUGAACCCAAAUCACGAAUCCCGUUUCGUGAUUUUUUUGUCUUCUUUGCCGCACAGCCGGCUGAGGAAUCUCGUGAUGCUUCCUAUGGUUGGCUGGGAUCGGUGCGUGAUGGAGGGUUACCUUGGCUCCAUGCUUGGAAGAUACCGGCAUUAUACCUAG